AAUAAAGUGACUGUGAGUGAGUGGACUUCGUGUUUGGUGGAUCGAUCAGAGCAGUGGUUUAAUCAGUACAUGUAGUUCCGCGAGCUCACAGUGACGUCAGCACCCAGGCUCACCUGCAACGCAACUAUACCGCCCCUAACACUGACGUCAUUUCCUAAUCUCGGCAGGGCGCACGCGCGCUAACCCGUCUGAAAUCCGCUGUCUGUGGUGCUGAAACGGUUGGAUGCUGAUGGAUGAAAAGUGUGUGUUAAGCCCAGUCCUGCCGCUCUCAGAGCAGCACUCAGUGCUGCUGGUGUGUGAAGGUCAUGGUGAUCAUAUCCUCAGCGUUCUACGCACAUUUCGUAGCAAAGGCAUGCUCUUUGACUUCUACAUUCACGUCGAGGAUGAGAUCCUGCCAUGCCAUCGCUGUGUCCUUGCUGCUUGCAGUGACUUCUUUAGGGUAAUGUUUGAGGUGAACAUGCUGGAGCGUGAUGGUGACUCGGUCACACUGAGUAAUCUCUCCUCGCAGGCUGUACACAGUUUCCUGGACUUUGCUUACAUGGGCCAGAUGGAAAUCCUGGAUGAAAAUGUCGAUAUGCUUUUCCAGCUGGCGUCUUUUCUACAGGUGAGUGCACUCUUCCAGGCCUGCAGUGAUUUCUUUAUCCAGACACUUAAUGCCUCUAACUGCCUUCAUCUGUUGGCCAUUGCUGAGGGAUAUGGCUCGUCCCGACUUUUGCACCAUGCUACCAAGUUUGUGGUGGCCAACUUCCAUGCACUUUCCUCAAGUCCAGAAUUCCUGGAAAUGCCUGCAGGGAUCCUCAAACACUGCUUGGCCUCAGAUUCACUCAGUGUGCCAGACGAAGAAAGUGCACUGCGAUCCCUGAUUCUGUGGACUCAGCAUGACCUGCAAUUGCGAUGCACUUUACUUCAUGAUCUCUUCUCACACAUCCGCCUGCACCACCUUCCCCCUGCCAGGCUGCAGGAGCUGCUUCAGUCUGAAGCACUGAUAAUUAAUAGUGGUGAGUGUUCCAGAGCAGUGAUGAAAGCAUUGUCACAAGUAAUAGAAUUCAGUGGCCUAUUUCCAGACGCCCGUCAAUCUACACUAUCCAGCUACAUCUAUGUUCACAAAACAGAAGAAAAUGGUGAGACAUGCCACACGUUCUGCUACAAUAUAGCAGCCAACCAGUGGCACCAGCUGCCAACCUCUGAGCUUACUGACCUCCCUGGUUCUUCCAUUACAAGUUUCGGAGAGAAGCUGUUUGUCACUGGAGGAUGUCGAGGCAAAUGUUGCAGAACGGUGAGGCUUCACAUUGCCGAGCCUGAGCACAAGGCUACAAGGGAAGCAUGGUGCUACUGUCCUGUCACUGGAAAACUUAGAGAAAUUCAGGCCAUGCAAUGCCCACGAACCAUGCAUGUCUCUGUGUCCACAACUCAACACAUUUAUGUUAUUGGGGGUAAAACUCAUGGGUUGGGCGGUCUCCUAGAUGUGGAGUGCUAUGACCCUCUAGGGAACAAGUGGAAGUUUGUGAGUCCAUUACCACGCCCGAUCUACUUCCCAGAGGCAGCAGUGUGUGGUACCAUCAUCUACACUCUAGGCUCAGAGCUGGAAACGUCUGAUGCCUUCAACCCAUCACUGGACUGUUUUUUCCGCUAUGAUGCCAAAGCUAAUCAGUGGUGCCAGUUGGUAGCAGAGUUUGGGCAGUUCUUUCAUGCCACACUUGCCAAAGCUGUGUCUAUUAAGACAACACUCUACCUGUGUGAUCUGUCCACGUAUAAGGUAUACAGUUUCUGUCCAGAGACCUGUGUGUGGAAGAACGAGGGCUCUUUUGAGUGUGCCGGAUUUAAUGCAGGUGCCGUAGGAGUGCAGGAAAAAAUCUACAUACUAGGAGGGGAUUAUUCUCCUGAUGAGAUCACAGAUGAGGUGCAGGUAUAUGACAGCACACAGAGUAAGUGUCAGGAGGUGGCGUCGAUGCCAUGCGCAUUAACAGAGUUUCACUGCCAGCUGAUCAGCUUUAAUCAUUUCCGAGAUCCAUGGAGAUCUGAACCUGCUGAGCUACAAUAAAUUAAUACGUGAUGCACUUACGGACACGGAGACAUUCACGUUGUUACAGGCACUUAACUAUGAUGCACACUUGUGUUUGCAGCUAUGUAUUUCAGUGUUACUCAGCUUGCGAAAUCCUUCCAGUAGCAAAUGAUAACAGCUUUUGAACCAGCCUCUGGAUAUGAAUUAAUCUGUAGUCUUAAGCACUUAUUAAAAGCAUAAAAUCUUAAUAUUUUUAGCUCCAUCUGCAUGAGACAGAAUGAGUUCUGGAGUUCUUGUGUGUGUGUGUGUCCUGUAAACCCCCACACACACACACACACACACACACGGGGGCAGGUUCUGGUUAUUCACUUGCUCCUGUUCUUUCUCUUUGUUUGUGGGAUCUAUUCCUGCUCUAUCAGUAAGAAGGUUCUAAUCGAUAAUCUUUCUGUCUUGGACUCGUUUUGACUUUGCACUGUAUUACAAUUUAAAAAUGUCUCUGUUUGACAUGUUUCUUAAUGGCAUUAAUCUUUGUAUUGUCUCUUGUAAUAGGGGUUUGAUUGUAGAUUAAUAAAAUAGUGCACUUGGAUCUUCA